UAGCCAAGCACGUUGCAGAUACAUUCGAACGAAAGAGCUGUCCACGUUACAAACAAUAAAGUUUCAAAAUGUGGAGGACGUUUGCGCCAUUUAUACUCCAAAAACAAGUUGGAUUGGUAAGAAGUGGAUACAGUACUUCUCAACUCCUCAGUUUACCGGUUGCGGGGCAUGAAUCGGGUGAUGGCGCACUGAGACCAAACACGCAAGAUAGUCCAUAUGCUAUAACAAGCCACAAAAAUAUUGCAAAGGCGCACAAUACUCUUGUUGGUCUGUUUCUAAAACAUCACCAUGGUGUGAAUUCGAAAUCGAUCAAGCAUUUUUUGAAACAUGUUAACAAACAUAUCAGUCUGGUGAAGGAGAGCAAGAAUACUGAUUUGACAAUAUGCAUUCCCAGUAGGACUGGAGAAAAUGGAAAAAAAUCUGGUUUUGGAUUUAGAAAUAUUUUCUUGGAUUUUGAAAAGUGGUGUUAUGGAGUUGUUGUUGGGUCCAGUUUGAUCUCGUGGCAUAGACUGUUAUUUAAAGAUGAAAGAAACCAAGCCUUGGAUAUUUUGAAUGUCUCUGACUAUGCCGACUAUGAUCUUCUCGAUGUUAACAAACCUCAGCGUGUCUUGCCGUUGAAUGGCCCUGCUAUGCCCAUUGAUCCCCUGGAUGCAGCAUGUUUAUCUUUUAAAAGUACUGUGGAUCAUUGUACAGCUGUUACAGAAAACGCUGUAGCGAUGAUAUUUUCAGAACUAAAAUUACAUCAAAAGGCAUUUGAGUUAUUCUUAAGUGCAAGCGCAAAAGGGAACGUAGCAGCCCAUUUUAAUACAGGGUUGUGCUAUGAAAAAGGAUUAGGAACAACUCAAGAUUUUUCUAAGGCUGUCAUUUUCUAUACGUUAGCGGCAUCAUAUGGUCAUUUAAAGGCUGCAUUCAAUGCUGGUGUAAUGUUGCUGCAAGUACGAGGAAAGGAAAAUGCAGGACUGGAGAUGAUGGAAAAAGCUGCCGAAGGAAAUUUAGUAAAGGCUCAGCGUUUUCUUGGUUUAUACUAUGCAGACGAAAAUGGGCUUCAUGAUAUGACGAAAAGUGUACAUUGGUUGAAGAUGGCUUCAAAACAGAAUGACGCAACAGCUCAAUAUCAUCUUGGGAUAUGCUAUGAAAAAGGAAUGGGUCUGACAAGGAACAUGAGCAAAGCGGGGGAGAUGUACCGUCGUGCUUCAGAAAAUGGCCACGCAAGAGCACAGUAUAAUUAUGCCCUGUUUCAUGAAUACGGCCGGGGUGAUCUGUGUGUAGACAAACAUAAAGCAUUGUGGUGGUAUAAAACAGCAGCUGAAAAUGGAAAUGUCGAUGCUAAAGAAAAUUUCAAAUUUCUGCAAAAAGAAAUUGGAUCAAAUCCAACUUUACUUGAAAGGCUUUUCUCGGAUGUUUUGAUUCCAAACCAGCCUAAGACUAGUGUCGGUAGUAUACGAAGAUGUUCCUCUAGUCCAUCCCGGUUAUUUACGAAAUCAGAUCUUGAUGGCGAUGAAUCAGAACAACGCAGUGGACCAAAAAGUUUCACACACGAAGAUUCCAAAUGUGUACGCGUGAUUUGAGUGAGCAUCCUGAUGAUAGAAAUCUAAAACAGAAUCAAAUUAGCAAGAAGCCGCGCCGCUGUUUGCUCUGAAGUGUUUUCCCUUCGCACAAAGAAAGGUCGAUCGCAAAAAAACACCUUGUUCAGAGUUGCGGGUACGCAGGCAUCACCCGGAGAAAGGUUUGCUUUGAAUGAGGUUUGUGAGGAAGCUUCAAAGUUGAAGACUCACAUGCAUGUACCAAAAAACCAAAUA